AUGGAGAAGGUGGUGAGACAUAUGGGGGAAAUUGAACAGCCGUGGAAUUGUCCGCAUGGAAGACCGACGAUGAGACAUCUUUGUGGGUUGGGUUUGUGGGAUGGGGAGGGAUGGAAGGGGGAUUUGGGGGUGCAGACGGAUUGGGCUGGAGAAGGAGAAGAUGAAGAUGAAGAUGAAGCGAAUAAACCUCUCCGAGCAUCGGGACCCUGGAAAUAUUAUGGUAGAUACUAUGGAGAUAGUAGGGCAUUGGUAUGGUAUGGUAUUAGUGUCGGGCUUGUGUUUUAG